UAGUGUCUGCUGUGCCGUCUGCUCAUUAAGACUUUACGUCACUGGCCCUUGAAUUUUGUUACGGUACCGAAAUUUUUCCGCUCUCGAGGAAGGUCGUCGUGUAGGGGUUCGCGGCAUCGUCCCUCAAGUGAAAAAAAUCUACGGCCGAACCAGGAAAAUUUCGAAACGAAACCAUGUUACGCACAACGACAACGAAAAUGUUACGCUCUGACUUGGCACGCGUGACACUCCAAAAUGCCGUUCGACUAAACUCUCUGAGAUGCAUAUCAACACAAUGUCUUCACAGAAAAUGUCUUCAGAGGCUUCAAGUACGCAACGCCUCGCGACCAUUAUUGAUGUCAUGGAAUCAACACCAAGUCAGAUAUUAUGCCGAUUAUCCAGACCACAUAAAAGUAGUACUUCCAGCAUUAUCACCUACCAUGGAAACCGGAACCAUCGUCAGCUGGCAAAAGAAAGAGGGUGACAAGUUGAAUGAAGGAGACCUGCUCGCUGAAAUUGAGACGGAUAAAGCGACGAUGGGUUUCGAGACUCCCGAAGAGGGAUAUCUGGCAAAAAUCCUAAUCCCGGCGGGAGAGAAAAAUGUCAUGAUCGGCAAACUUGUAUGUAUUAUCGUCGCCGACAAGUCGAGUGUUGCUGCUUUUAAAGACUUUAAGGAUGAUGGAACGAGCGUUGCUGCUGCCCCUCCACGUGCUCCAUCUCCUCCACCUACAACUACAGCUGCUGCCCCAGCAGCACCUCGGCCGUCCACUCCUGCAGCUCCACCUUCUGCACCAUCUGCGAGUACUGGAAGCAGAAUUUUUGCUAGCCCCCUUGCCAAAAAACUAGCGGCUGAGAAAGGUCUCAGCUUAGAAGGCCUCAAAGGAUCGGGACUCUUUGGAUCCAUAAGAUCGCAAGAUCUCGUGGGUGCAUCUUCCGCAGGAGUCAGUGCCGGAGCGGGUGCAUCAUCCGCAGGAAUCGGCACACCGGUGGCAGGAGGUGUAGAUAUUCCCGUAUCCAGUAUUAGAGGAGUAAUAGCAAAGCGUCUUUUGGAAAGCAAACAGACUAUACCGCACUACUAUCUGACGAUGGAUAUCAGGAUGGACGUGGCCUUGGCACUUCGGGAACAAUUUAAUAAAAUCUUGGAGAAGGAGAAGGUAAAGCUUAGCGUCAACGACAUCAUCAUCAAAGGUAUGGCGAUGGCCUGCGUAAAAGUCCCAGAAGGAAACAGUGCCUGGCUCGGAAACGUUAUCAGGCAAUACGAUAACGUAGACGUGAGUGUGGCUGUGAGUACAGAAAAUGGUCUUAUCACCCCAAUAGUCUUCGGCGCAGACACAAAAGGUCUUGCACAAAUUAGUAAAGACGUGAAAGCCCUCGCAGCAAAAGCGAGAACAGGGAAACUUCAGCCUCAGGAGUUCCAAGGAGGCACGAUUACCAUCUCGAAUCUCGGAAUGUUUGGAAUUCAAAACUUCUCUGCUAUUAUAAAUCCUCCACAAUCCAUCAUCCUCGCGGUGGGUGCGAGCGAACCGAGGUUAAUACCUGCCAAUAACGAGAAGGGGUAUACUGUUGGCCAUUUCAUGUCAGUCACUGCCAGUUGUGAUCAUCGUACAGUAGAUGGUGCCGUAGGAGCCCAAUGGCUAUCUGCUUUCAAAAAUUAUAUGGAAAACCCAGCGACUAUGCUUCUUUAAAUUCAUCCAAACCAAAAGUGCGAGAUAAAUUUAGAUGAAGGUGAAACACAUGCGAGACAGGGUAAAAUGUAAAUCGGCAUCGAUAAAAUGCUAGUCAUUUAUGUACCGUCUUCGCUAAUAUUAAGUAAUUCACAAAUCAUUAGGCGCCUGAUCAACGCCUAUGUAGAACGAAUAAAAAAAACCACGCGAAUUUUGUACAGUAAUGUGACUUGUUUGACACAAAAUAAGGACUUCAUCAAUCAGUGACGGUUAUUGUUGUAUUUAUAUCAAUUUCAUGAAUUUAAAUUAAAUUCUUUCCAUGAUCAUCGGAAUCCAGUGCCAUCGUCACUGUAAAUUAAUCAGCUUGGCGAAUUAAUGUAUAUAAUACAUGUUAAAUCCAAAUUGUUAUGUGUUUUUACUCGUUUGAGGAAGAGUCCAAUCGCAGUGCGAGGUAGAAGAUAUAAUAGAUUUCGAAAGCAAUCAACGAAUUCGAGUAAACCGAGUCAGAUGUCCACUGCGUUUUGAUUCUUGCUUGUGCGGUAAAAUUCAAAUAUACAGUAUAGGAAAAAUAUUCUGACGAAACCAUGGAAGUAUACUGUAUAUAGAGGGUAAUUAUGUACAAGUGUACCUAUUUAAUAAAUUAAAUGUUAUAUAAUUGUAGAAAAAUAA